AUGUCUUCUCAUGAUGGUUAUCUACCCACGGAGGUGGUAAUGGAAAUUGCCAACUGGGUGAAUGGUACCGCGAUGCGCUGGAGCCGGAGACAAAGGCAAUCUGUUCUAUACAACUUUUGUCUGGUAAAUCGCCAAUGGUAUUCAGUUGGAAUCGAGAAACUGUACCAAAGCCCUAUCUUGUGGACCGGUAACAGCUUCGAAAAGUUCACUCGGACGAUAUGUCCCUCUUCAAAAGAGAAAAAAAGCGGCAUGAAAAUGGACCUAGGCUCCCUGAUUCAUAAUCUCGAUUUAAAAAAAUUGGUUCAUCAAAGUUCCAACAGCAAGACCUCUCGACUCCUCAAGAAGGCUAGUCCAAAUCUGACAACGUUUGAGGCGCCUCGAGUGUCUUUUUCGUUGCCUACCCGAAUGACUAUCACGCGGACCCUACCCACUUCUGAUCCAUGGCCUCCUUCUCUGGGCUCUUUGGCUAUUGGGGGGCAUCUUGACGCAAGUGUGAUGCAAACCUUCAGCUGGCCACCAAAGCUACGCUGCCUCAUAAUCUCCCAGUGCUCAAACCUAUCGGAUAGACUCCUCAGAAGUAUUCUAUCCAACGAGAUUCUUCAGGCAAACGUUUCUAUGUUGUCGAUUAGCUCGAAUUGUAGAUUCGGCACUUACGAAGAUGAAGAUCUCGAUUCUUCUGCUGGUCUAUUUGAGUUCGACUGUCUCACGGACCUCGACAUCCCAGCAGACCUUGCUGAUUACUUUCUCCUUCUCGGCGCCGGCUUUCCACCCCCUGGAGAGUUAAAAUCGGUGUGCUUUGGAGAUCGUGUGUCCGACUUCCUCAACACUUCAAAUUUUAGAGAUGAUCUUUUGAAGUCUUUGAACGAUGGUGCAUUGAGCGGGCUAUGGCUCCUGAAGAUUGCACCCAAAUUCUUCGAAACCCUCAAGAUUUCCGAGGAGGAACUCGACGAAAUUGUCAUGUGUAACCUUGACGAUGUCAGCGAUGAGGAGCUGGAUGAAUGGAACGAUGACAUGGGGUUCAUGAUUGGACACCCAUAUUUAGACUUGGAGUGA